UUUGGCAAAAGUGUACUUGGAAAGUGGGACAGAAAGAGAUACGGAAAUGACAGACAGAAGAGGGUUGAUGCAAGAAUGGACGUGGGCUGCGGACUUGUGCAUGUGCGGUGCCGCCCUGUUGCCAACCCGUUACACCUCACUUUGCCUCUGUCCUAUGGCCAGGUUCGUCUAGAAGGCAUGGUCCAGAUUUGUGAUUUCCCCCAGCGACCGCGCCCAAGGAUGCCUUGGCUACGCCGCCUCACAGAAGCGGCGACAAGAUCCGAAAACGAGACCGUGCCAGCUGACGAUGAUGCGCCGGCCGACGAGAUCGUCUUGCCUGGCCGGGUUGCCAUCGUCACCGGGUCGUCGGCCAGUCCGGCCGGAGGUGACGAGUCAACAAGUCGGCCACUCGACCAGACGACCACGAGCGCCACGAGUUACUCGUCGGCGGCCGCAGUCACGACGACGACGGACGCGCCUCAGCCGGUUGGUACAGAUGCCUGGCUCGAGAACAUGCUGACCACGAGUGAGCCGGCCCAAAUGUCCACUCAUUGGCCCGGCAACUACACGCACAGACCUGACGUAAUCGGUGAAAUGGGGGACGGUCUCAGCGACAGCAGACCAGAACGAGACGAAACCUCCUACCGGACUUGGCCUUCCGGCGAGUUCGGCGUAAUCUCGCCCCUCCUCACUACCACCCUCUCCUCCUACUCCUCUUCUUUACACUCUUCGGUGCCUCCCGCGUCUUCCACGCCUUCGGCGUCUUUGGCGUCUUCAGCGUCUUCGGCUGUUUUUGCCACUUUGCCACUUCUCUUCAACACCACAAGCCAGCCGCCGCCUGGCACCGGUGUAGUCCCAGCAACUCCAGACACCUGGUUGCCAGGGCCAACGGACUCUUCACCCUCAACCCCAUUGCUACAGGCCACAUUGGCCAGCCUGGCGUCUGCCGAGACUCAUCGUUCUACCGAGAACUCGACGAUGCUGUUGGUAACCGUGGCCAACGGUCUGUCCAGGUUUGAGGACAAUAUGACCGACGGACCAGCCCACGACCCGGUACCAUCCGGCUCUGAGAUGACCCUCUCGUAUGGCUCGACUGCCACCAGCGACAUGGUCACCGGCCUCCUCACUCUGCUCACCUCGACGCCAGAACUGGUCACCACAACCACGACCGCCAGCACAACCGCCCACUCAGUGACCAGCACCACCAGCCUCCCGAUCACUUCGAUGGCCACCACUUUGAGCAGCAUCGUUGAGCGCAGGAGUUGCAUUGGAUCCGCUGACAGCGAGCCUCACCUGCAGAGAUACGUGUGUGUUGGCCAUCCGAUAGCCUCCUGGGUUGCCUCCUGUUUCAUCAUCACGAUGACUGUGUUCGGUCUUUUCACAACUCUUGUGGGCCGCGAUACGACGACGCGGGACACUGAUACGAACAGUCAGCAACUUGGCCGUACUCUUCAAAGAGUGCAUAAAGCACUCAGUCUAGACAACCGCUUCCAGAUGCCAAUGCUUGUACUAUUAGAUUGCUGCAACUAG